AUGGGUGGUGCUUCUUCUGCCAAGGGCAAGGGUAAGGAAACCACUCCCAUCGCCCAAUUUGGUAGCUUGACUAUCAACGAUGAGGCGGGAGUUUCGGUCAAGGCCGAAGCUUCUGGUAGCUACUCCAGCGACCCUGCCAAGGCCAAGGAAGUUAAGGGCUUUUCUCCUAGCAGCGAGCGUUACCAGGCCAAGUUUAUCAAGGGCGAAACUGGCCUUGACGAUCCGUUUGACUCUACUGCUCGCAAUGUGGGUCCUCUGGUUGGAAAGCGACGUGCCAUGAGCGACAAUUGGCGUUCAGGAUCUAGUUCGGCUUCUGAUGGCAGCUCACCUCCACUUGGAAAAUCCGAGAGCGCACCUGGUUCAAUUGCCAUUGCUUCCACCAAUGUUGAACGGGCUGUUGCGAACGUUCCUGAUCUCACUGUGGCCUCUCAACCCAUUGUCACCAACCAAAACGCACAGAAUCAGUUCCCUAUUGAGUGCUGUGUUUUCGUUGCGAACCUUCUGCAGUCAGAGAGCGAGGAGAAUUUGCAGGCCUCCCUUACCCGCGUCUUCCGUCAGUAUGGUCCGGUUUGGGUCAAUGUCAAGCGUGAUAAGAAUAAGAUGCCUUUCGCAUUCUGCACCUUCAGCCUCCCGGAACAUGCGGAGCAUGCCAUCAGUGACGGUCAUGGUAGAUAUAUUAACGGACGACCUUGCAGAUGUGAACAAGCCCGGGGCCACCGGGCAGGGUUCUUUUACCUGGGACGCCGCUUCGGCAGUGUUAUUACCCACGAUGAGGCGAUGGACCUUCUCAUCAGCUAUGGGGAAAUCAAGUCUUGCCGUACAGCUACCGACAUUGACCGUGCUUGUUUCAACCUCAAUGAGGGUGUGCUGGUUGAAUUUAGCAUGUAUCCUCAGGGCCAGGCUGCUCUUGCUGCAUUUCGAAAUCAUAACGUUUACAAGAUGCUUGAUCUCGCCGAUAUCGACUCGCCCAUUCGUCGUAGAGUGCAUACAACCACCUCUGCAAGCCAAGCCCGGGCCUACAAUUCUGCUUAUGAGCAUGAGCGAUCUACCGUCUUCGUCGGAAACCUUCCUGGGAAUAUCUCUGAGCAACAGAUUCAAGAACUUUUCGGCGAAUAUGGUUCUAUUGUGGAGAUCACCAUUCGCGAGUGUAACUCAAAGUUUAACCCUGACCAAAGACUCUGCCUUGCGUUCAUCAAGUAUACCUCGCCAGUGGCCGUGUCCCAAGCCAUCCAGGGAAAGCAUGGAUUUGCCAUGGGUAGUAAUAGACUCCGUGUCGCACCAAAGAAUUCUGAACGGAAUACCCGACACAGCCCACCCUCAUCUACUCGAUUCCGCUCUACACCUGCUCGCCGCGAGCCGUCAAUGACUUCUAUGGCCCAGAUGACCCCAUCGCCACAAGAUGCUUACCAGUCUGGAUAUGCCCAUCAACAGGCUCUAUCUACCUCUGCUCCUAUCUAUGGUCAACAACAUGGUUCCUUCCCAAACGGCUACACUCAUCAACCAAGUGCCUAUGCUGUUACCCCCCAGCACCCUUCUUAUGGUUAUCCGGUUCAGCAGCCACCCCCAAUCUAUGGUGCCCAGUACUUCGAUGGUACUCAAUACUAUGCAGGUGGUGUCCCAGUUUAUGGCACUCCUAUCUCGCCAUAUUAUUAUCAAGCCAACACUGGUUAUCCCGCUCUUCCUCAAUACCCAUACUCUCCUUACAACAGCACAGUCGUGCAGCAGAGCAUGAUCUCUCCUCCCGCAACCCAGCAUCCGUCUGGAUAUCCUAUGACUGGCAAUUCUGACCAAGAUGAUGGUUCCACUACACCCACUCGUCAUGGAUAUGCAUCUGCAUGGUGUACCUUCUUCACCAGUCUCCAUGAUGUUGUGGAACUUCUUCAAUUUGCACAUUACCUUGCAUCAUCAAAUCAAAUCAUCACGGCGUUUCAUGAAGAUACCCUAACGGUCCUCGUCGGAGUUUUCGGCGAAACGAUAUGGUGUCACAAUCUGGUCAAUUUCAAUAUUGCGAACAAACUUUGCAUUUCAUUUGUCAAUCAUUCUGCGUUGCCACAACCUAUGAUCGUCACUGGCGAGGUUCUCAAUUUCUUCUCAAGUCUCAUUGAUCAUGUCGCCUCGGUAACGUUGAUCUGA